AAAAUAAAAAAAAAAAAAUAAAAAAUAAAAAAAGGAAAAAGUGUUAAAAGGAAAACCGUUUUCGAAAAUUGUCAUGAUGCAAGCGAGCCAAAAUUUCGAUAAAGCCGUCGAUCGUUUGUUACCACCGAAACCCCAUCGAAAUCAAAGGCUGUACCGACCAGAAGACGCGAAAACGCUUGGUCUCCGAGUGCCAGAUUCCGAGAGCUUCUCGUCUAAAUCGAACUCGUCCUCGAACUCGAAAAGCUCGGCACACCUAUCGAAAUACGUUGGGAAAAGAUCGAAUGACGACACCAGGUCCAAGAAAGAUGUUAAACGCCAUAGGAACGUGGAUGUGAGCGUAAAAGCGACCAAGAAGCAACCGGAUCUGAAACAAGAGAGGAAAGCUCAACGGACACCCACGUUGGAGAGAUUGAGCAAUUUGCACGCGAAAUUGGAGCGGGGAUUGAAGAAUAUAUCGAACAGGACGAAAACCCGGUCGAAGGUUGGGACGGACAGCGCCAAGGAGUCCAGCAAUUUGAAUUCGGCCACGUUACGUGGUUACGGCCGGUCGUCCGGCCGAUCCUUGAAAAAGAAUUCGGCCAGCCAGGAGGACAAGCUUAGAAAGGAGUCGAGCUCGAAAUGCACGAAACAAUUGUUCAGCAUGGCCGACUCGUGGAGCAGCGACUCGAUAGUCAGUCAUUCGGAUAACUGUGCCUGCUGCCACAGCCGAGAGCCCUGCCCCUUUCACGGAAGCGAGAAUUUCUUUCAGGACAAAUAACUAACGAUAACCACCCCUCCACUCGAUUUCGAAUCUGAGAAAUUUCCGUCGAUACGCGGUUAUAAUAAUUGUAACCGAAAAAAAAAAAAAAAGAUAUUGAAAUACAACUCUUGCACGUUUUUAAAUUUUAAUUCUAUUAUAC